AUGACCGACACCAACACGCGAUCCAUCAACGACAUUGAAACCGACAUUGUCAAAAUCAACGAGGCUCUCUUUACUAUCUCGGAAUUACGAUCGUCUCUACGUUCUUUCAAACAACUUGUACAGCAAGAAAACAAGGGCCCAACCUACGUCAAUGCCUUUGGAGAAAGGCUCAACCUUGUAAAGAAUGGCGUGAAUCGCUUGACAUCUGAGGCAGAAGGGUUGAAAGGAGCACUGGUAUACGCUCAAGUAGCCGCCAAGCACAAUUAUGACUGGCCUAGUAUCAAGGAUGCUGUAGAGAAUGAUGCAGCAGCUGAAGAACGACGACAAGCUGAGAAUGGCGCAGGAAGGUCCAAAGAUCCAAGUGCUCAUAUCAAGAAAACAUCAGAUCACAUGCUUAGACAACUAUCAUCUGUGGUCUUAGAACGAAGGAAGCCCACAACAACAGCAAACUUCAUCACAACCCAUAUCGAUCAAUGGCUGGCCCAUGAGAAACCAAGCAAUGUACACAUGUCUAUCACCUUUGAUUCUCCUGAGCAUGAUACAAUGUCAGGGUCUGCAUGCUGUGUCACGAUUGCAGUAGAAAAGGCACUUCGAGCAGUACUCAGUCUGAAUUAUCACAAGGCAUCCGAUACUUUGGUAGUGCAUCGCUAUGAGAUGAAGAGUGCAAAUGAAGAGAAAAACUCCCAGCAAGAUCUAUUACUCUUUCAAAAGCUCAAUGUGCUCGCUGACAGUGCUUUCCAAGAUAUGGGUGUGAUGCCUGCACGUGAGUCUUUAUCCAGUAUCCUGCAUUGGAUUGCGAGUUACCAUAAUUUAUUCACGGAACCAUGUUUCCGAUGCAACCGACGAUUGCAGUUUGAUUCACCACACUACAAAUUCUUACCGCCAAUGGUGCGCACUUGGGUACGGAGAAAAGUUGAUUACAUGGAACCUGAUCGAGAGAUGCCACAAGCUUAUACAACAGCGGGAAUGGCUUAUCACAUGCUAUGCUUUGUGGGUGCGACCAAGGUGGCUGCCAAGAUCAACCAGUGA